AUGGCUCUUAAGAUGCCCAUGCUCAAGACCCUGCUGGUCCUCUACCUGUUCCUGAACUUGGACUUCCGCCGCGGCUUUCUGCAGACACCGCCCAACUCCGAAGAGAAGGCCGAGGACAACAUCACCAUGUACACCCGCAUCCUGGACGGGCUCCUGGAGGGCUACGACAAGAGGCUGCGCCCCGGCUUCGGAGAGUGGACCACCGUGGUGAACACCGACAUCCUGGUGACCAGCAUUGGCCCGGUGUCCGACACGCAGAUGGAAUACACCAUCGACGUGUUCUUCCGCCAAAGCUGGAAUGAUGAGCGGCUGCAGUUCGAGGGGCCCAUACAUAGCCUGUCGCUCAACAACCUGAUGGCCGGCAAGAUCUGGACCCCGGACACCUACUUCCACAACAGCAAGAAGUCCGUCGUGCACAACACGACCACGCCCAACAAGCUGCUGCGGCUGGAGUCGGACGGGACCCUGCUCUACACCAUGCGCCUGACCAUCUCUGCCGACUGCCCCAUGCAGCUCUACAACUUCCCCAUGGACGAGCACACCUGCUCCCUGAAAUUCGGAAGCUACGCGUACACCAGCGAGGAAAUCACCUACGUGUGGCUGGACAACAACGUCACCAACGGGCUGGCUGUGGCUGAGGACGGCUCCCGGCUGAACCAGUACUACCUGACGGGGUUCGAGACACACUCGGGCAGCUGCUCCACGAGCGUGGGCAAUUUCACCGUCCUGACCGCGGACUUCCACCUGAAGAGGAAGCUCGGCUACUUCCUCACCCAGACCUACCUGCCCUGCGUCAUGACCGUCAUCCUGUCCCAGGUGUCCUUCUGGGUGAACCGGGAGUCCGUGCCCGCCCGCUCCGUGUUCGGGGUGACCACGGUGCUGACCAUGACCACGCUGAGCAUCAGCGCCCGGAACAUGCUGCCCAAGGUGUCCUACGCCACCUCCAUGGACUGGUUCAUCGCCGUGUGCUACGGCUUCGUGUUCUCGGCGCUCAUCGAGUUUGCCACCGUCAACUACUUCACCAAGAGGAGCUGGGCCUGGGACGGCCAGGGCGACGCGGGCAGAAACAGGCGGCGGGGACGCCGCCAGGGCCGGCGAAGCCUGUACGCCGUGAGGAGGAGGAGAAGGGCGGCCCGCGCGCCCAGCAUCCCCCAGGGGGAGCAGAUCCCCCUGGGGCCCAUCGGACGCGUGCCGGCCCACCUGGAGCCGAUCCCCGAGGCCCGCGAGGAGGCGUCCCCGGUCCGCGUGCCCAUCUCUUCCGAUGACGAGGAGCGGGAAGUGAAGACUUACAACAGCGUCAGCAAGAUCGACAAGGUGUCCCGCUUCCUGUUCCCGCUCCUGUUCGCCCUGUUCAACGUCGCGUACUGGUGGACAUACCUGUCCAAGUAA